CAAGACCACACGUUGUUUAUUAUCAGAGAAGAGUUUUUUUUAUCGAAACUCGAAUCGCAUAACAGAGCUCGUCAUCCUGCCGGCCUAAUAUACACAAACAGGCAGCGUCUCUUCUGCACCGGCAUACGCAUACGCACGCACACACACACACACACACACACACACACACACAUAGGACUCGGCGAGAAAAACGAGCUUCCGGUAGGAACGACAGCAGUUCCUGUGUUCGAAGGGACAAAAUGGCUCUUGUCUCGCGAUUGAGACCGCUUGCCGCACUGGCAGGCGGGCCAUUCUCGACAAAUUUUUCUGCAAGACUCAUCUCUUUGACGGACCAGCAUCUCGGCAAAGUCGUUCCGUUCAAGCUCGCUGAUAUCGGAGAGGGCAUCCGAGAAGUCGUGGUUAAAGAAUGGUUCGUGAAACCAGGCGACAAAGUCGAGCAGUUCCAAAACAUCUGCGAGGUGCAGAGCGACAAGGCCUCGGUAACGAUAACGAGCCGCUUCGACGGCGUGAUCAAGGAGGUCCACUCGAAGAUCGACGACACGGUCCUCGUGGGCAGUGCCCUGGUCGACAUAGAGCUCGAGGCCGACGACGAGGACCAAGUCCCCCCGAUGACGCCCUCACCCCCGGGUGACAUCGCGGCCCAACCGAUCUCGAUCGAGCGAACCGACGCCGCUGCCGCCACCAGCCAAACUACGUCCGAGAGAGCGAUGGAGAAAUCACUGGCCACCCCGGCGGUGCGCAGAAUCGCCCGCGAGAAUAACGUCGAUCUCGCCGAGGUGCCCAGCACCGGGAAGGAUGGAAGAGUCUUGAAAGAGGACAUACUGUCCUAUUUGGAAGGCAAGUCGAUCGUCGCGUCGUCGCCAACGGAGCAAAAACCGCGAGACACCACCACAGCAGCAGCAGCAGCAGCGACCGGUCCACCUACGGUAUCGGUACAGAAGAAAUACGCCAAGCAUAUGUGGAAAUCCAUGACGCAGUCUCUGUCGAUACCGCACUUCGUCUACAGCGACGAGUGCGACGUCAGCAAGCUCGUGGCACUGCGCGCCGAGCUGCGGCCGGCGUUCCGCGAGCGCCACGGCCUCGGCCUGUCCUACAUGCCCUUCUUUCUCAAGGCCAUCUCGCAGGCGCUGCGCAGCUAUCCCGAGCUCAACGGCUGGCUCGACACCGAGCGGGAGUCGGUGCAGGUCAGGCCCGAGCACAACAUCUCCCUGGCGAUGGACACGCCCGGUGGGCUCGUCGUGCCCAACAUCAAGAACGUGCAGAACCUCGGCAUACGCGAGCUUGCCGCGGAGCUCAAUAGGCUGCAGGAGCUCGGCAAGAGGGCGGCCAUACCGCCGGCCGAUCUCGUGUCCGGUACAUUUUCACUGUCCAACAUCGGAAUUGUUGGUGGUACCUAUACAAAACCGGUUAUCAUGUCGCCCCAGGUGGCCAUCGGCGCGGUUGGCAAAAUUCAACGACUACCUCGCUUCGAUGAGGACGAUAACGUGGUGGCUGCCAACAUUUUGACCGUCAGCUGGGCAGCUGAUCAUCGAGUAAUAGACGGAGUGACCAUGGCUAAAUUUUCAAAUCUUUGGAAAUACUACGUUGAGAAUCCCUCGCAUUUAAUUGUGGAUGUAUGAGGGUAACGAUCUCUACGUUCAACAA